CGCUCUGCAAUCGAGAGCUCGCUGGCGUGGUAGAAGGGUGUAAAAGCAUGGCUAACUACAGCUCAGGUCUGUGAACUGUUCUGUAGGGGACCUGACGUGAGAUUUAUUGCUAUCCUCCCCUCCGCGCGUCUCGCAUCCUCCGUGACUGCUCCCUUGUCCACAGCGCCGGGCGAUGGGCUUCACCUACGCAAUCGAUGGUGUACGAAUCAGUUUGUUUCACUCAUCACUUUCAUCGCGUGGACGGUCAAACAUCACUCCGUUAAUGUAGUGCUGUCAUUGCAUCCGGACUUGCGUGAUUGGAGGUCCGUUGCAGUAUUUGUACCAGUCACCCGGAAGGCGAUCAGUUGUUUUUCUUCUUGAAUUGAUGUGUGUGUGUGAACCUGCAGACGAAUCGCUGGUUUUCUUCGGAGGUUUCCAGGGGGUAGUUUAAGCUUGUGUAACUUGAGAGCAAUGGCGUCUAGGAGGAUGUUGGUAGUGGCGUUGCUAGGGUUGUGCAUAGUCUCGGCUGUAGCGGUUGCAGAUGUGAAAGAAGUGAAGCCGAACAAUUAUCCCAAUUUCGAGUUUCACGAGUCGCCGGUUGUGUCUACCGCUGACGAGAAGCCAAACAACUUCCAAUCCUCGCAGCUUGAUGCUCACAAUGAAGAAGCCUCAACAAAGGAGUUCAAGCCCAAUAACUACCCUGACUUCAAGUUCAAGGAGACGCCCGUGAACGAGGCAUCUCCAGCUCACGUAGACAAUGCGCACGACGCGUUUGCGAGGAAUGACCACAACAGCUUGUACACGGUGCCGGAUGCGACCUAUUGGUCGUCUCGGUCAGACGACCAAUCGUCCAGCCAUGAGACGUACUAUGGAGACUCGCAAUUCGAGUUUAAUGUCCGGCAGGGAACGCAGGAAGUUAGUAGCUUCGAAAACACUCCAUCGACGAAGGCGGUCUUCAAGACUGUACUUCCUGAGUACAAAGGCUCUGAUGUCAGCAACAGAUACCCCUCUUCGUACGAGAUGAUCAACGGGCGCAACCAGGAAACCAAUUCCGGGAGGUUCAACCCUUUUGCCUCGAAUGAAGUGCGGUUCACUAACGUUCACAAGACGCAAGUGCCGGGGGAGGAUCACGCCUCUGGCAGUGAGCAUUCCGAGCGCUCCGGCUCCAGCCAGUUCUACUCUCCUUCAAGCGACCCCGACUUCGCGUUUAGGUUCGCCAAGCCCGAGUCCACGACGCCGUCGAGUUUCGGUGACAACAAGUUCCAAGCCGACAACCAAGCCGAUGAGAAUGUUUACUCGCAGUUUCAGUUCGACAAUAGCGAGGCCACUAACGAUCCCACUGCUACUUACGGCCGCACAACCCCCGUCCUUGCCGCAGGUAAUGCGAAACAGCUAGUCGCUGGAGGAGGCCAUGGCUGCAGCCACAUGUAUUGGGCGGAGCACACCAAGCAAUGGCCCUCGUUUUUUAACGUCAACACCCAAGUCGCCCAGGCAUUCGGAACGAAAGCCGGUGAGGUGUAUGGAACCACCACACUGUUUCAGGCUUUGUAUGAUAACCGUUCCGAUGGGUACAGCCAGCUCCUGAGCCAUGGAACCGCAGCUCUUCUCAACUCCUACAUCAUGCCGAACUAUGGAGACCGCCACGACGCUGUGAUUGAUCAGUUUCUCGGUGCACUGGCUUCCCGGACUGCGGCUGGCGUUCAAGCGCAGAAAUUCUUGAACAAAAACCAUGCGUAUGGACCCAACGAGUGCAUGAACUAGGAGCUGCGGCUUCCUCCUCCUCUACCCCCAUAAUCUGAUCCUCAUCUUCUCCUAUCAUUUGCCUAAGUGCAUGCAAUGAAUAGUACUAGGAAUUGGUGACUUCGGAGAUGGAUCCCGUCGUGGCUCACACUUAUUUAGUUACGACUCGACGUGUGUGUAACUGUGUCGGUUAUUGCUACUGCACCAGUCGUUGGGCGGGUGUGAUCUCCUCUAAAACUUCCUCAACAUUGAGCUUUUGUUUGUACCAGGAUGCAGGGUCUGUAGGCCGCACGGGUGAUAAUGCUUAGGCUCGUCCAGGUUUGAAAAUUUUAUGCAUUCGUGCUCUAAUAACAAUCGAAUCUCCUGCUUCGACGGCCUCAUAAUGUUCUGGA